GUGUGUGUGUGUGUGUGUGGGUCCAUUCAUGAGACGUUUAUGAGACACUCCUGAGACUCCUCAGGGCAGUGAAUCGUCAGACAGCGUCCAGUUCGCUCGAAGUGAACAUCAGAUCCGUGGAGAUAAAUUCCUGCCGGGAAUUACUGCGAGGAGGAAGGAAACUCCAUUAUGUGGAUAUGAAUUUGAAAACCCAAAGUCACUAUGUGCUUUCUCACAACUUUGACGUCAUGUGACACGUUGGACUGCCCAAUGGAGACGACUACGAUACUCACGGCGGCAAACGGGAAACGAAUUCUGCAAGAACACCCCGAACCCAACGUCACGAGUCUUUCGAAUGCGUCCGCUCCCUUCCACCAUCACGUGAACAACGCGGUGCUGGGGAUUCUGCUGGGCACGCUCUCGCUCCUGACGGUCAUCAUGAACCUGCUGGUGCUGUUUGCCGUUAGAAAGGAACGGACUUUGCACACGGUAGGGAACCUAUACAUCGUCAGCCUCUCCAUAGCGGACCUCAUUGUGGGGGCGACGGUCAUGCCCUUGAAUCUGGUCUACCUUCUUGAGGACGAGUGGAAACUGGGUCGCGUUAUUUGCCAGUUCUGGCUGGUCAUGGACUAUGUGGCCAGCACGGCCUCCAUUUUUAGCUUGUUUAUCCUUUGCUUGGACAGGUACCGCUCCGUACGCCACCCCUUGCAGUACCUGAAGUAUCGGACGCGAGGAAGAGCGACGCUGUUGAUUUGUAGCGCAUGGCUGCUAUCCAUGACCUGGACCGUUCCCAUCCUGGGCUGGCGGGUGUUUGCUCGAGUCGACCGUAAGCCUGAGCUGGAGAGCCAAUGCGACACGGACUUCCGCUUCGUCACCUGGUUCAAAGUCCUGACGGCCAUCCUCAACUUCUACAUCCCCUCCUUCCUCAUGCUUCUGUUCUACUCGCAGAUUUUCAUCGCGGUGCGCGAUCAUUACAGAGAGUGGGAGAACUUUGCCGGUCCGAUGGUGAAAACCGAAGUGGACGAAGCGCUACAUAACGGCAUGCAGCUGCAGAUAACCAAAGCCUCGGAGAGAGAGAGUCUGGCUUCGCAGGCGUUCUCUCAAAACGAGGGCCUGCUGGAUCAGUACAGUCUGGAGCAGCCGUACAGCUCCAGGGACAAUAAACAGGACGCUACCCCCGAGGCAAAGAGGAAGAGUUGUUACAAGGCGAAAGCCAUGUUCGGUCUUUCGAAGCGCGUGAGAAAGAGCGUGCAAGACGAGGUUUCGUCUCAGAGCGACGACGGGGACACGGUCGCAGAAGGCCCGGCGUUAUCCCUCGCCUUCCUGCAGUCCGAGAGCAACGCUCAGCCCCAAGCGUUCAUGAGCGUGAACGACGUGUUAGUGCCAAACUCGGUGGCCAACAUGUGCGAGAGCGCAGGGAAUGUGGAUAUUCACAGUUACGCCGCGGUUCAGUGCAAUCACAGCGCUCCGCCGUCUCCGCCGUCGCCCUGGGCCGAGAACAGCCCUCCGCUGGACGCCGCUAACGCGCUCCCCGCCAAACAAACCUGGCAGAAGCUCUGCGAACAGUCCAAGCAGAGCAUCCACAGCAUGCGCAUCCGGAAGGAGCGGAAAGCUGCCAGGCAGCUCGGCUUCAUCAUCGGCGUCUUCAUGGUGUGCUGGAUCCCGUACUUCAUCACCUUCAUGGUCAUGGCCUUGUGUGAGACCUGCGUGCAUCACGACCUUCAUAUGUUCACUAUUUGGCUAGGAUACAUCAACUCCACCCUGAACCCCUUCAUCUACCCGCUGUGCAAUGAGAACUUCAAGCGGGUGUUCAAGAAGAUAUUUCACAUCAAUAAGUGAAGGUUAAGAGAAGGGCUGCAAAACGAAUAAUUGUGAUUAAUUGAUCCAAAAUGAACAUUUGUGUUUACAUCACUGCUGUGAAACGAUUAAGUUUUUGUUUACAUAAAAUAUGUGCGGUGUAGAUUUAUUACUUAUAUAUAAGCACAUACAUACAGUAUAUAUUUAAAACAUAUUUACAUGUAUAUGCUUAUACUCAAAUAAUUUAUAUUAUAUGCAAGUAGUAAUUGACGACAAACUGUUGAAUUAUUAGUAAAAGGUGGUGAUGUACCUCGGGUGUGCAAUAUAUCUCUAAUAAUUCAACGGCCCGUCGUCAAUUAUUCUGCUUAUUCUAGAGUUGCCGCACCUCAGGACAUCGAUCAGAUGAUAUGUUUCAAGGUAUUUGCCAGGUUUAUAGUACUUUAAAUGUGAGUAGGACUAUUUCUUCCUCAUCCCAUCCAGUGCCUCCAUUGUUAAUCCCAAAUUGUUAUUUUAGACCUAAAAUGCAGUUAGCAAUGCGUUUAAUAGCUAGGUUAUGUGUGUGUGUGUGUGUGUGUGUGUGUGUGUGUGAGAGAGAGAGAGAGCAUGUGAAUUAGCUCUGAGUCUGUGCAUCUCCUAAAAGUCUCGUGAAAAUUUAAGUUAUUUUUAAGUUCAUGUUAUGGAUAAAGUUGCCAGAGAAGUUCAUCUCUGAGGGAGAGAGAGAUAGAUAGAAAAGAGGUAGAUAUAAAUAGAUCAUGUGCUUGCUGUACAUAAUAAAACGUAAUUUUUUGAUAAAACAUGGAAAACGAGCUGCCGCUUUUGUCAUAUUGAUUAUUAUAUUUAUUUAUUUGGCCAGUGUCAUUGUGUGUUUUGGUUAUUUUGCUGUUUACAUCCUAUUUGUGUAUAUGUUUUAUGUAUAUGCU